UAUUAGGAAUGAGGCUAUAGAAUAGAAAUUGAAGCUAGGAUAAGUUACUGUUUGUCCUCAGUUGUCGUUAGCAAACUGUCGCGCACUGUGCGUCAUAUAACAUUCAACAAACCAUCAAAUGUGGAUGAAAACGGUAAACAUUUACUCAACUUUCGCAUUGAAUUAGUUACCUCUACAAGUUCGAACAACAAAACAUAAUUAGUAUAAUGGUUUUUGAGCAUAAUGUAUUAUUUCGUAUUCUCAAAUUAAUUGCAUUAAUUUAUUCAGACCAGACCAAGUGAAUUGCUAUUAGGGGAUAAAUAUAUUAUUUUGUCAAAAUGGCACAGUAUUAUCACUCCACAAAUCAAGGCACUCGUUCUAAUUUAACCGCUAUGAAAACGGGUCUCGGACGCUCAGAACCGGAUAUAUCAACGUACGCCAGGUUUGAACGACGAGGAUCGACUAUUUUGGACAUUUUCAACGAAAGUCCUAUAGCACCAGCUUCACCCGCUGUGUCGUCAAAACAGUACCUGAAGUUCCAGAAUGGUGAAAUAGGCGAAGGUCAUCAGGGGUCUAUUGGAAGAGUGAAGAGUACAACUAGACGCGAGAGGUUGAAGAAGUUGAUGUCGGUUGAACGUUCUUCUUACGAUAAUGAAGAGCGUAACUCAUUCACAACUCAAGUUGAUGACCGGAACCAGUUUGAGCGAGGUUUAUUCCCAAACGCAUCCAGUAGUGCAACACCCUCUGAAAGGAGCACUCAACCCCUCCUGGACGAAUCACAGGCUAGGAAGGGUUCCAAACUGUCCGUGAUCAUGCAGAACCCUUGGAGACAGAAGCACAAGCGAAGGAGGUCGGGCGUCCAGAUGACGGUGGAUUCCGCGAUAGACCAGUUAGAGGAACCGGGGGAACCAACCGAUGGUUGUGAUCAAAAUGGAAUCAAUGAUGGAACUAGUUUGUUGCUGGAAAUACCUAUGGCUAGAAAGGAUUAUUACUCAAGCCAUGAACAGCUUUUCGAACAACACUCGGAACGGAAAAGACGAUUCUGGGAAUUCAUGAAGUCACGUGAACAUGUUAUGCGAUACGAUGUUUUCAUUUCGUACAAUCAUGACAGCAAAGCAUUCGCUCAUAGUCUGUAUAAAACGCUUAAACAUACGUUUAAGUAUUCAGUUUUUAUUGACAAACAGCUUUCCACAAAGCAAAAACUGAAUUCGGCUCUUGACGAAGCAUUGCGGAAUACAAAGCUGGUUGUUUGUGUGGUCACAGAAAAGUACUCUAGGUCCAAAUCGUGUUGUGCGGAAGUUUCUCUCGCGAACAAUCUGGGGCUUCCGAUGAUCCCUCUGGUGAUUGAAGAUCUGCCGCUUCACAAACAGAACCCCAAAAAUUUUUGGCCCCCUGAAGGCGAAAUGUCCCUUCCAUUGGCACCUCUUCUCUACAUCGACUUCAGAAACUUCAAAAAUGAGGCAGCUGCUGAGGAAAAAAUGAAGGAGCUCAAAAUGAGGAUUGAAGCCAUCACAGAACUCAUCGUUUAAUUCAUGUGUUAUA